AAAUAUUCCCAAACAUCCUUCCCUUCCAUUCUUUUUCCCAUUUCUCCUUUUAAUUCCUCAUUCCCCAGCAAUAAGUUGGAAGAUUUUCAGCUAAACAGAAAUUUCGAUUUUUAGAAUCAAACUCUGGUGCUACGAUGAAACGCUGUACGCACCCAUUUGUCUCUAUCUUAUUGUGUUGCUUCUUUUUGUUAAGUUCGAUAUUUAUCGCCAGAGCUGAAGUCAUUACCCUCACAGCCGAUACGUUUAAUGACAAGAUAAAUGAGAAGGACACUGCAUGGUUUGUCAAAUUUUGUGUACCGUGGUGUAAGCACUGCAAGAACCUGGGAACACUUUGGGAUGAUUUAGGGAGAGCGAUGGAAGGGGAGGAUGAGAUAGAGGUGGGACAAGUUGAUUGUGGUACACACAAACCAGUGUGUAACAAAGUUGAUAUCCAUUCAUAUCCUACAUUCAAACUCUUCUACAAUGGAGAAGAAGUUGCAAAGUACCAAGGACCAAGAGACAUUGAAUCGCUGAAAAUUUUUGCAUUAGAAGAAGCAGAGAAAGCCGCCACAAAAGCUGAGGCUGGUGAUGAUAAAGAGUUAUAACUUACUGUCAGGUAAAGGUGCAGCUUUUCCAUGUUUCACCAGGACUGUUCCCUAAGCAAAAUCCAGAAAACGCUAGAAUGGAUGAAGAUUGACAGCGAGUCUUCUUUUAUAGUGGCACUGGAUUGGUGAUUCCUUCUUAUUCUCCUAGUUUUUGUUGUCUAGGAUUUUGUUAAUCUGAUUAGGCUGACAUUGGCUUGACGAAGAAGGAGCUAAUUUGUUAAAAUGAUUACUGUAAACUCUAAAGAUACUCGAAAGAAAAAGGAGAUUACGCGGAGAUAUUAGACAUGAAAUUUUGUUAUUCUCAUUUUUUGCAAUGAGCAAAGAAGUCAUUUUUAGCUAA